AUGUCCGAACCGAUAAACGCAAACCCGAAAAUCAUCUCGCUCGAGGAUCUGCCCACGAGAGAAGCUGCGAGCGACAUCACCAGCAGCGCGAACAGCAAGGCCGCCGCGUUUCCUUCCUCGGCGCUCGACUCUGUCUUUCCUAUAUCGAGGUCGUCUCUGGACGAGGCGUAUGCUGCGCUUCUGCUGAUUGCGGAGAAGAAAGAUGCAGAUGGCGACGUGGAGAUGAAGGAGGAGGAGGCGCCGGUGCUGUCGAGUGGCGAGUCAGAGAGCGGGAGUAGCGACGACGACGAAGACUUUGAGGACGAGGAGCCUAUUGACGAGCAGGAGAUUUACGACCUCAUUGCUUCGAUAUCAGAUCCAGAACAUCCCCUGACGCUCGGCCAGCUCGCCGUCGUCAACAAGCCUGACAUUCACAUCACGCGGAGCUCGUCCGCCGACUCGCGUGGCCGCCGCCAAAGAAUCACACGGGUCAAGGUUGAAAUCACGCCGACGAUCACGCACUGCUCGCUCGCGACCCUGAUCGGGCUCGGCAUCCGCGUCCGCCUCGAGCGGUGUCUGCCGCCGCGGUACAGGGUCGAGAUUAAUGUCAAGAAGGGCACGCAUCAGAGCGAGUCGCAGGUGAAUCGGCAGUUGAAUGAUAAGGAGCGGGUGGCGGCUGCGUGCGAGAAUCAGCAGUUGGUCGGGGUGUUGUCUGGUAUGCUUGCCACAUGCAAGUAG